AAAUAAAGUACCAAAAUUGCUCUCAACAAUUAACUGACACAAUGGCCGUUAUUCGUUAAUGGUUUCCACGUCAUAAAGAAAAACCCGCCACCGCCAGGCUACGUCGGCAGGUAAAGAGAGAAAGGAGAAAAUGAAAUCCCAGCAGCUGACCUGACAAACAGCUAACGAACAAAUUCAACAGACACAAUCAAUCAAUCGAUCGAUCUGAUUGGUUUCUUGACCCGAAAGCGAAGUUUUAAACUCUCAACACAAACACCAAAAUUUAACAAAAACCCAAAAAUUCCCUUUUUUUUUUCUUCGAGCGAAAACCCAGGUACUCGAUCAUCACAAAAUACUUUCUAUUUGGAUAAUUUCGGAAGGUGUUGAUUAAAGUUGAAUAAGAGAUGGCGUUGUUUCGUAAAUUGUUCUACCGGAAGCCUCCUGAUGGGCUUCUCGAGAUCUGUGAGAGUGUUUACGUGUUUGAUUACUGUUUCACCACCGAUGCUUGGCAAGAAGAAAAUUAUAAAAGCUAUAUGCGUGGAAUAGUCGGUCAACUUAAAGAACACUUCCCUGAUUCUUCAUUCUUGGUGUUCAAUUUCCGUGAGCGACAGAGACAGAGCCAGUUUGCUAACAUCCUGUCUGAGUAUGAGAUGACCAUCAUGGAUUACCCUCGGGAAUAUGAAGGUUGCCCAUUGCUCAAAAUGGAGGUGAUCCACCAUUUUCUAAGAUCAGGUGAAAGCUGGCUCUCAGUUGGGCAACAAAAUCUGCUUCUGAUGCAUUGCGAACAAGGUGGCUGGCCAGUUAUGGCUUUCAUGCUGGCAGCACUACUGAUCUAUAGGAAGCAGUACAUUGCAGAGCAGAAGACUCUUGACAUGAUCUACAGACAGGCGCCUCGUGAACUUUUGCAAUUGCUGUCACCACUGAAUCCUAUCCCUUCUCAAUUGCGUUAUCUACAAUAUGUUUCAAGGAGGAAUGUGGCUUCAGAAUGGCCUCCAUUGGACAGAGCUCUUACAUUGGAUUGUGUUAUUCUAAGAUUUAAUCCUAAUUUUGAUGAAGAAGGGGGUUUUCGUCCAUUAUUUCGAAUAUAUGGACAUGAUAUUUCAGAGAAAGCUAUCAAUAUUAUGUGCACAACUCCUAGGAAAGGCAAAACUGUCAGGGUUUAUAAGCAGACUGAAUGUGAACUGGUUAAAAUUGACAUCAAUUGCCAUAUCAAAGGUGAUGUUGUGCUUGAGUGCAUUAGCUUGGAGGAUGACAUGGAACAUGAACACAUGAUAUUUCGAGCUGUGUUCAACACUGCCUUUAUCAGGUCAAACAUCUUGAUACUUAACCGUGAUGAAAUUGACACAUUGUGGGAUUCUAAAAUUCAAUUUCCAAAGAACUUUAGAGCAGAGAUUCUUUUCUCAGAGGUGGAUGCUUCUGAUUCGGUUGUUGCAGUAGAUUUCUCUUGCUUUGAGGAAAAGGAAGGUCUACCAGAGGAAGCAUUUGAUAAAGUUCGAGAGAUCUUCAGCUAUGUUGAUUGGCCAGAUUCCAAGGCAGAUGUUGCCCGUAAUAAGCUUCAACAAAUUAGUGCAUCAAAUGUUAUCCAAGAAAAUAGCCCUCAAAGUCCUCGAAGCCCUCGAGUACUGGACAUAGGUCCUAGAAAGCGUCAAGAGAGAAAGAAACAUGCAAUCUUGGAUAUUGGAAAGGAGAGCUCCAUGUUCUCAGCACAAAAGAUUGAGUUUCUACACUCACCAAAUUCAUCUCCACAUGCUCAUGUGAUUGAGAAGGCUAAGCACAAAAUCCUUCAAGUUGGAUCUCAACUUGCCAAUCAGUCUGAUCUAAGGUGUCAACAACCACCUCAGUUACCAUUAGAUUUUCACACUAAACCUCUAUCGCAUGUUGAUGCCUCAUGUGAAAGUGCUGAUGUCACUCAUAAGGUGAUUUGCAAGGAUACCUCAAAUCAAACCUUGUCAAUUCCAGAUGGAACUGGACCUUUGGAACCUUCAAUUGUUUCUAUUUCACCAUCAACACCUCCAUUGCGACCUAGCAUAAAUUCUAGUGCCUCAAAAACUCUUCCAACUUCACCACCAUCUUCUCAUCAUCUUUCUACUUCAAAACCAAUAGAUCCCUCAUUUAUAAAAGAGACUAAAACUCAUUUAGGGGGAAAAGAUCAAUUAUCAUCAAGCAUUCCCCAAACUACUGGUACUCCCUUAACUUCGCCACUACCUCCCACUCCUCCUUUGGGACUACCAACACCUCCCCCAAUGGCACCUUUGAGAGAUGAGCCGUCCAUUAAGGAUAGAGCUCCACCAACACCACCACCUCCUCCUCCAACUCCACCUAUGAAGGAGAAUGGUGCUAUUAGAGCUGGACCUCCUCCACCCCCACCCCCUCCUCUUCAUUCAGGCCAAGCAACCAGUUUGACUAUUUCAACUCCAAUGCCACCACCACCACCACCUCCAUCCACUUUGUCAUCCAAUCCUUCUCAUGUUCCUUCCGUGCCUCCUCCUCCCCUUCCUGGUAAUAGUGGAGGUAAUAAUUUAUUUGAAUCUCCAUCUCCUGUGCCACCAACUCCUGCUCCACCAUUCAUUUCUCCUUGUAGCACCAAGGGACGAUUAUCUCGUACUAUAAGCUCAAGGAGCAAUCAAACCAAAAAGCUGAAGCCAUUGCAUUGGUUGAAGUUAUCAAGGGCUGUUCAAGGAAGCUUAUGGGCAGAGACACCGAAAUCUGGUGAAGCCCCCAAGGCUCCAGAGAUUGACUUCUCAGAGCUUGAGAGUCUUUUUUCAGCAUCAGCCCCAAAUUCAGAUCAUGGGAGGAAGUCAGGCACGCGUAGCUCACGGGGACCUAAAGUUGAUAAAGUGCAACUGAUUGAUCACAGACGAGCUUAUAACUGUGAAAUCAUGCUUUCGAAGGUGAAAGUGCCACUAAAUGAAUUAAUGAGUUCAGUGCUUGCCCUAGAGGAUUCAACAUUAAGUACGGAUCAGGUUGAGAACCUCAUAAAGUUCUGUCCUACAAAAGAGGAGAUGGAACUACUGAAGGGCUACACUGGAGAACAGGAAAAGUUAGGGAAAUGCGAACAGUUUUUCUUAGAGUUAAUGAAAGUACCAAGAGUAGAAUCUAAGCUCAGAGUCUUCUCAUUUAAGAUGCAGUUUCAUUCCCAGGUUUCUGACCUUAGGAAAAUCCUGAAUGUGGUGAAUUCUACAGCAGAAGAGAUCAGGAGUUCGGCCAAAUUGAAAAGCAUCAUGCAGACUAUUCUUUCAUUAGGAAAUGCCUUAAACCAGGGAACUGCCAGGGGUUCUGCUAUUGGAUUUAGGUUGGAUAGUCUUCUUAAACUAACUGAGACUCGGGCAAGGAACAACAAGAUGACUCUCAUGCAUUAUCUUUGUAAGGUGCUUGCUGACAAAUUACCAGAACUUCUAGAUUUUUCAAAGGAUCUUGCCAGUUUGGAACCUGCAUCAAAGAUACAACUUAAAUUUUUGGCAGAGGAAAUGCAAGCCAUAAGCAAAGGAUUAGAAAAGGUUGUACAGGAACUUUCAACCUCUGAGACUGAUGGUCCUAUAUCAGAUAAUUUUCGCAAGAUUUUAAAAGAGUUCCUUCGUUUUGCUGAGGCUGAAGUGAGGGCUUUGGCUUCUCUAUACUCAGGAGUGGGCAGAAAUGUGGAUGCAUUGAUUCUUUAUUUUGGAGAAGAUCCAGCACGUUGUCCCUUUGAACAAGUUGUUACAACUCUACUGAAUUUUGUGAGAUUGUUCAACAAAUCCCAUGGGGAAAACUGCAAGCAGCUUGAGAUAGAAAUGAAGAAAUCAGCAGAAAAUGAGAAGUCGAGACUAAGUGUUUCACGGGGUUCUGAAGGUAUGUCACCCAAAACAGUUAAGAGUGGCGGCGUCUAGUAAUUGACCACUUGAGGAUGGGUAUACUCAGAAGAAACACAGCAUGGCACAGGCAUCCGAAUGGGGGUUAGCAGAUGAUGAUCUUAUCGAUGUUGGUCGUUGUAGAUAUGCAGUUACCUCAUGGUUGCAUUUGGUUCUUCUAAAAGGUGAGCUUAUAAUCAUAUUUUAUGUUUCUGUUGAUCCACAUGAUAUCUUUCUCUGCGCGAUAAAGGAAUAUAGGCUUUUCCACCCUUUUGUGAAAUAAUUAUUAAUGUUGUUACUCUCAUUCUCUUUGGAGCAGACAUCAUGUAAGUCUGCUUUCAUGAUCAUCAUCUUUGGUAGGCAACUUGUAAAGUAACCCAUAUAACAAAUCUCUUCAUGUAAAUGAGGAUGUUUACUGUUCUUCUCUUC